AGCAUUUUGCGGUUACAGAAUACGCAGUCCCACCUGUCAGUUUUCUCCCUCGGCUCCUCCCUCCGUUCCCCAGAGGGGCGAGGCGUUGCGAUGAAGCAGGGGCAAGAGCCUAAGCCGGCCCUCCGUGAAGCAGAACGCGCCCUGGUUCCAGCCCGUCCCACGGGCCGGCCUGGACGUCUCCAGCGCUACCUUCUGCGCGGCGAGUUCGACCAGCUGCGAGACUUCUCCAUCUUUGAGAGCAACUUCAUGCAGGUGACCCGGUUAGGAGAAGUUGCCAACAAAGUAACCAUGGGGGUGGCAGCUUCCAGUCCAGCCCUGGAACUCCCAGACCUGUUGCUGCUGGCAGGCCCUGCCAAGGAGAACGGACGCCUGCAGCUCUCUGGUCUGUUCCCCUUGCAGUUCGUCCAGCUCUUUGUCCACGAUGAAAGGCACUGUCAGCUCAAGGUCAAGUUUCAAACGGGCCGCACCUUCUACCUGCAGCUUCGGGGUUCACCCAAGACCCGCAACCGCAAGUUCGGCCAGUGGGUGCGGCUGCUCUACCGCCUGCGCUUCCACUCAGCCUGGGGAGCCGAACCCUUCAGGCCAAAAUACUGGGCGGCCAACACCUGGGACCAGGAGGAGGACCAGGAUGACGAGGACGACGACGAGGAGGAUGAUGAAGAGGAUCUGACCUAGGGGUUGGAGCUUCGGGCCAUGGACGUCACACUGGACCUCCCCAGGCCUCUCACUCUGAGGACUCUGAUUCCUCCAACACCCUUUGAAGUCCCCAAAGGGCCAGAGAGCUGUGUACCCUACUUUGGGGCUGGAGAGAUGAAUUAUUAAAGUUCAAAAGAUCGUCCACUUAAUAACUGAGAACCAGGUCGUCAGCAAUUCAACACGGCCGCCUGGCAGAAGCAGCCUUUCCCGGGUGGUGUCGCAUGGUCUUCAGGGCAUCACAUCCGGCCGCUGGGGGGC